GUAUAUUAUUCAUUACACACUCGUUCAGAUGGAGGAGCGCAGAUUUCCGUGCUCUCACACUGCUCCAGAGUGCCGGGGAUUGAAUAAAGUUGUCCGGGGGCAGCUGGAGCUGCGAGGGAUGUGAUCGGAUCGGUUUGUCCGCGCGCGCAACCAUGCCGGAGAACGCGAGCGCGCAGAGCCGGUAAAACCUCCGUUCACGCACGAUUGUCAACCCGUGAAACCGGAGUGAGUUCGGAUCCGCGCCAUGGACGUGUUCAGCUUCGUCAGGAUGCCCAAACUGGCAGGCCACAGGACCAAAUCCCCCUGCUGUCCGCCGCCGGACCCUGGGAGUUGGGCUCCUGCUCAGGGCCCCUCCCAAUGGCUGGGAGAUGUCGCUGUCUAGAGAGGGCCCGAGACUGCUACGUUAAUCACCUCUCGCAGUCCAGUUCUCUGGAGGAGGUGCGCGUUGAUGUGGAGAAGUUUGUCCCUCCGGCACCGAGGAAGGUGGAGAUGAGACGAGACCCAGUGCUCGGCUUCGGUUUUGUGGCGGGCAGCGAGAAACCAGUGGUGGUUCGAUCAGUUACUCCAGGAGGGCCUUCAGAAGGAAAGCUGAUCCCAGGAGAUGAAAUCGUGAUGAUAAAUGAGGAACCUGUGAGUUCGGCUCCAAGGGAAAGAGUGAUCGACCUGGUCAGGAGUUGUAAGGAGUCCAUCAUCCUGACAGUGGUGCAGCCGUAUCCUUCUCCCAAAUCUGCCUUCAUCAGUGCAGCUAAAAAGGCCAAGUUGAAAUCCAAUCCGGUCAAAGUGCGCUUUGCUGAAGAAGUCAUUAUUAAUGGACAAGUACCGGAGUCGGUGAAGGAUAAUUCUUUGCUCUUCAUGCCAAACGUGUUGAAGGUUUAUCUGGAAAACGGACAAACCAAAUCCUUCAAGUUUGACUGCAACACCUCUAUUAAGGAUGUUAUUCUGACGCUGCAAGAGAAGCUGUCUAUUAAAAGCAUCGAGCACUUCUCUCUGAUGCUGGAGCACAAGGUGGAAGGAUCUGCAACAAAACUGAUGCUUUUACACGAACAGGAGAUGCUAACACAGGUGACUCAGAGGCCGGGCUCACAUAAGAUGAAGUGUUAUUUCCGCAUCAGUUUCCUUCCUAAAGAUCCUGUAGAUCUGCUGAGGAGAGAUGCUGCUGCUUUUGAUUAUCUCUAUGUGCAGAGCUGUAAGGAUGUGGUGCAGGAGCGUUUUGGGUCGGAGCUGAAAUACGACACGGCUCUUCGUCUCGCUGCUCUUCAGAUGUACAUCCUGACGCUCAGCACCAAACACACACAGAAGGUCUCGCUCAAGUACAUCGAGAAGGAAUGGGGUUUGGCUCAGUUUCUGCCUCCAGCCGUUCUGUCCAGCAUGAAGGAGAAGAACAUCAAGAAGGCUCUCACACACAUCCUGAAGACAAACCAGAACCUGGUGCCUCCUGGCAAAAAGCUGACGGCGUUACAGGCGAAGGUUCAUUAUCUGAAGUAUCUGAGUGACCUGCGGCUGUACGGAGGAAGAGUGUUCAAGUCUACACUGGUUCAAGGAGAGAAACACACUGAAGUGACGCUGCUGGUGGGACCGAGAUACGGCAUCAGUCACGUGAUCAACACCAAAACCAACCUGGUGGCUCUUCUGGCCGACUUCAGCCAUGUGAACCGCAUCGAGAUGUACACCGAAGACGAGAGGAACGUGCGGGUUGAGCUUCAUGUCCUUGAUGUUAAGCCCAUCACACUCAUAAUGGAGUCCAGUGAUGCCAUGAAUCUGGCGUGUUUGACUGCGGGUUACUACAGACUGCUGGUGGAUUCACGGAGGUCCAUCUUCAACAUGGCCAACAACAGUAACACUGCAGGACACGACUCGAGGAUCAAGCACAACUACCAGGCAAUCGACUGGAAUUACGGUACCUGUGGUGGAUGCAAUGAGCCUCAUCCUGAAUACGCCGUCUGCGGCCGAAGAGAGUGUGACAUUUCCCCCAGUGAAAUUCACCCGGCGCAUUAUAUGCAUGGGGACGAGAAAGCAGAAAGGCAGAGCAGAGGAAGCCACAUGCAUGCUCAGCCCUACUUCAACAUCCCAAAAGGCAAACCUCAAGAAUCGCCCAGAAGCGCCAAGGUGUCGUUCAUAUUUGGCGAUCCCCCGCUGGACUCCGUGAACCCCCAAAAUCUGGGAUACCACAGACUGAUGGAAGACAUCCCAGAAGUCCUGGAGGAGCAUCGGUAUUUGUAUGCACAACAGAAGGACUACAAACCUCUGGAAGCGUCAUUGGAGGUCGACGGUUUCCAAUAUGGUUCCCAUAUGGUCUACGGGGACGCCAAGAUCUUCGGUACGACCGAGGGCAUCGAGGAGCCUCUGCUGCAUGAUAUCUGCUACGCCGAAACUACAGAUGAUGCAGAAGAAGACGAUGACAUUAGCUGUGAGGAGGACAUGAUGAUGAUGAUGGGGGAGAUGAAGGACAAAGCGAACUCUCUGUUGUCGCUUUCAGAAUCAAGUGAUGAUAUUAUUGACCUUACUUCGCUGCCGCCACCGCCUGAAGGGGACUACGAGGAAGACAGCGACGAUCUGUUGGAGUCACUAAAUUUGGCAAUUGCCGCGCCUCCACCAGGAUUCAGGGAUAGCUCGGAUGAAGAUGACCAUCAUGAUAGAAAAAUGGCAAAAAACGACAUCCCUGUGUCGCUGAUUGAUUCAGUGCCGACACAGGUUGCCGGUGGGAGCGAGGAAGUGUUUAAUGAUGCCGUUGUCUCAACGCUUCAAGCACUAGAGGCUUUGGCGGCCUCAGAGGAACAGUCUCAUCCGCAAUCGGACAAUAGUUCAGGUGUAGAAAUAUCUCGGUCCUUUAGCCCCGAGUCCUCUUCUGAUUCUGGGAACGAGACAAAUUCAUCUGAAAUGACGGAGAGUUCAGAGCUGGCCGCAGCUCAGAAACUCUCCGAAAACUCUCUGAAAAUGUUUGUAGCCACAGCAGAGGGGUACCAAACUCUAGCUGAAGAGGAGACUGAAUUUCGCCUGGCACCAUCUCUAGACGAUCCCCAGUCCUCUGCAGUCGUCAAUCUCCGCUCAGACCACUUUGAGAUGGAACCGGAAACAAUGGAGACCAAGUCAUUGACGGAGUACUUUAGCAAAAUGCACAGAGAUGUGAUGAGGGGAAUGGCACAGGGGAAGAUUGAGGAGCAGGACAGCGGGAUGAAAUCCAGUGCAGAAGCUGAAGCCCGACAGUUGAAUAUUGCAGAAUCUGAAGAUCUGGUUGGAAUGUACAGCAACUUCAAUGGACGGGAUUCCCAGUGUUCGGCUCCCUUUGACAUGGAAAGUAUGUCUUAUUCCUUUCAGGGAAGCAAUCAAAGAUUGCAUAUGAUCCUGAAUAAUAAAUCUGAAGAGCACAUUUACUCUGAGGUGGCUGGAGAUAGCACUCCAUUACAUGCAGACAGGGUUGCUCAAAAAGUCAGUUUGGAGGACUCGAUAGACUUGAAUGCAAGUUCCCCCGCCAAAGAGCAGUAUCUGGUUGAGCGAGCCCGGAGUGAACACCAACAAAGCAAGGGUGCUUCAUCUGAACAAGAAGUCACCCGUUUGUACGAGUACCACUUGUCCAAAAGGAUGUCGUCUUUACAGAGUGAGGGUAUUCAUUCCCUCCAGAGUUCCCAGUGUUCAUCUAUUGACGCCGGCUGCAGUACGGGAAGCAGUAGCUGCGUCACCCCAAUGGACUCUCCUCUGUGCACAGUAGAUAGUGUCCAUCUGCAUGCCGAGUCCUCUGUGAAAGGUCUUGGAUAUACAAAUCAAAAUGUAGAUGGAACAUUUUUGCGGAAGCACCACGGACAGGCUGGCGCAGAGUCAGGUCGAGAGGGAUGCCAAAGGUUGCCCAAGAUCAGAGAAACUACAGUGUAGCCAUGCUGCAGAUGGAGAUAAAAGUGGAUUUUCUCUCACCGAAUGCCCAUCUUCUUCUUCAUCCAGAGCACAGUUUGUUUUGUGCCAAGCCAGAGGUGACGGGACGUCCCGAAUGCUUCCCUAUUUGUCGGUGCACUCGGCCUCAGUCCACCCGCUCUGGUUGCCUCAGGGAGGCGGAAAGGGAAUAUUAAACAAGACAACUAUUGGCUCAGGGAGCAUACACACUUUCUAUGGAAAUGAGAUGGCCGUAAUCAUCCAAGCGGCGCUGCAAGAGGCUGAUUACUGCUCUGUCAUUUACUGAAGUCAACUUGAGAAAUCAGUUCACACAUGCGUUUGUCUUGGUUUUCAGUGCAUUUAAAUGCAUCACAAUUAAAUGUGUUCAUAGCUUAAAAUGUUUCUGCAGAGGAGGUCUGAAGAAUUAUUGUGAUGUAAAGGGAAGGCAGUCAUUUUUCUGACCUCAGUUUGUCUUGUUUUAGGCAGAACUGACCUAAUUUUGAUGCAUUUUGAUGCAUUUAGCUUUGUCAAAAUGAGACGUUUAUAUAGUGCACUGAUGCACAAAAUAACAAGUGUGUGCAAACAAAAGGAUCAUUUAAUUGAGUUAAACCAAGAUCAGUUUUCUGACACCAACUUUA